CAUACGGGCAGACUCCGCGGGAGGAGCUUCCCCCACCGCAUCCCUGGCGCCCCGAGGGCGGAACGGGACUGGACGAGCGGUACCUGCCCCGUCCCGGCGCUCCACCCCCGCGCGGCUACUUGUGCAUCCCUCGGCCACUCCUUCUCCAUUACCCCCUCGCGGGCGAGGUGACCCACCCGCUCCGGGGCAGAGCGAGGAGGAGAGAAACGGCGGCGAUGUGGCGGCUGCUGGUGCUGCUGCUCUGUCUGAAUUAUGGAAAUGGACUCUACGUGAAGGUUUAUAAUCGAAACGUCAAGAGUGGCAUGAUGUCUCACCCCAACAGCCUAGUCAGACAGAAGAGAGAAUGGACAGUCCCUCUGGCUUUCAUACGGGAAGAGGAGGACAAUUCCUAUAAGAAUCCAAUUGCUAGAAUGCAUUCUGAUCUUGAAGAUACAGGGAUAGUUGUGACUUAUACUAUAUCUGGUCAAGGAGUGACAGAACCCCCUUAUGGAUUAUUUGUUGUCAAUGGAAAGACUGGAGACCUGAACAUAACAGGAAAGGUUGACAGAGAAAAGACUCCAAUGCUGCUUGUCAGAGGUCAUGCACUAGAUAAGACUGGAGCAAAACUGGAAGAGCCAAUAGAUCUCCCAAUUAAAAUUGUGGAUAUAAAUGACAACUUUCCAGUGUUUUCUCAUGAAGUUUUUGUUGGUUCAAUUGAAGAAUUAAGUGAAACAGGCACAAUUGUAAUGAGAAUAAAUGCAACAGAUGCAGAUGAACCAAAUAACCUAAAUUCCAAAAUUGCUUUCAGGAUUGUUUCCCAAAGCCCCAGUGCUGCAUUCAGUAUGGAUAAGGAUACUGGCGAGGUUCGAGUAGCGAAAAUAAACCUUGACAGAGAGACACAAAGUAGCUAUUCUUUGGUGGUGGAAGCAAAAGACCGUGGUGGUGAAGUAGAUGGGAAUGCUGCGACAUGCGCUUUAGAAAUCAAGAUUUUGGAUGUCAAUGACAAUCUGCCUGUAGUUGAAAGUCAUACAUUUGAAGGAAGCGUUGAAGAAAACAGAGCAAAUGUGGAAAUUAUGCGAAUAAAAGUAUUUGACAAAGAUGAAGAGUUUUCUGAUAACUGGCUGGCAAAUUUUUCAUUUGUUUCUGGUAAUGAAGGUGGUUUUUUUCAUAUAGUAACAGAUGCCCAGACAAAUGAAGGAAUUUUGACUCUUGUGAAGGAACUGGAUUAUGAAAAAAUGCAAAGCCUAACCUUGGGCAUCGUUGUAACAAACAAAGCAGAGUUCCACAAGUCGAUUAAACACACUUAUAAAGCACGAACAAUUCCAAUCAAAGUUAAUGUGAUUAAUGUGAAGGAAGGUCCUGUGUUCCCCAACGGCCCAAAAAUUAUUGAAACAAGUGAGAAAGUGCGGAUAGGACAGGUUAUUGGACAGUAUCAAGCCUAUGAUGAAGACACUGGAAGAGCAGCAGAGCGCAUUAUAUACAUGAAAGGAAGAGAUCCAGCAAACUGGAUCACAAUAGACUCAGUCACAGGUGAAAUCCGACUUGCCAAAAACCUCGAUUAUGAAUCAUCUUAUGUAGUAAAUGGUACCUACACUGUCACCAUGUUGGGUGUAACUACUGAUUCUCCAAAGAAAACUGCCACCGGCACAGUCAUUAUCCAAGUUAGAGAUGAGAAUGACAACUGCCCAGUUAUUGUGAACCCUGUACAGACUGUGUGUUCAGAUGCAAAAUUAGUCAAUGUUACAGCAAAUGAUUUGGAUGGCUACCCAAACAGUGAUCCCUUCAGCUUUACUGUCAUUGAUAAUCCAGAAGGGACAGCAAAAAAAUGGAUAAUUGCAUCUACAAAUGGCACCAGCAUACAGCUGGCACCACAAAACCUGGAGCCCGGCAGAACUGAAGUUCCCAUUCUAAUAAAGGAUUUCCAAGGGUUCAGCUGUGCUCAAGCACAGUCUCUGCAACUGACAGUUUGUAAGUGUGCGGAUGACGGAGUAUGCAAGGAGAAAAUUAUUGGCACUAAGUCAGUGGGUCUGGGACCAGCAGCAGUUGCACUGAUCGUCUUGGCAUUUUUACUUUUGCUGCUUAUUCCACUGUUACUGCUGCUGUGUCCCUGUGGCUCUGGAGCAAAGGGAUUUGCUGCGAUACCAGACUACAGUGAAGCGAUGUUGCGUCAGUGGAACAGCGAAGGGGCAGCUCCCGAGGAGAAGCCGGUGCUAAGCUUCAUCCCACCCACUGGACUGGGGAGCUCAGGAGGAGCAACCAGCGGAGCAGCAACAGCAGCAGCAGCAGCAGCAGCAGGAAUGAAUGGAGUGGAAACUGCAGCAGGAGGAAGCAGCUCUGCCUCUCAUGUAAGAGAGUACCACAACACUGUUACCAAGGAAAGAUGGGAAGAGCAAAGAAAUCUCCUUUCUGGUGCUGAAUAUGGAGCUGUGGCACUUGGAGGGGCUGAAGGCAUGGCAGGUGCAGAAGGCAAGACGUUGACUGCAGCAGGAGUCACAGUGGGAGCAGCAGGAGCCAUGAAUGAAGAAUUUUUAAGAGACUACUUCAAUGACAAAGCUGUCUGUUUUGCGGAAGAAGAUGAAGCCCAAGCUGCAAACGACUGUCUCCUAGUUUAUACCCAGGGGGAGUCAGGCUCCCCCCAUGGCUCUGUUGGCUGCUGCAGUUUUAUUGAUGGUGAUCUUGACGACCAUUUUCUUGAUGAUUUAGGAGACAAAUUUAAGACUCUAGCAGAAAUCUGCAUAGGUAGACACAUUAACUUGAAAGAUGGAAGCUUCAGGAAUGAAUCAGGUUUCGGUCUUAAUGACGCAAAGUCGCAGUUCUUAGAUCAGCAAAAUGCUUCCAGCUCUGAACAAGCCUUUGCCUCAGGCAGCCACUACCAGCACGCAUCACCAGUGCACGUGGGUGGUGGCACAGGAGGAGACACCGUGUCCAAGGAGGUGAUCGCAGAAACAACCUUUGCACCCCACUCUGGGCAGCACGACGCCCGAACCCUUCCCAUGGCCCACACGGAGACCAAUUUCACCAUGACAGAAACGUCGUAUUCUGCAGGGGCUCCUGCCCACUCGGCCACUGUCUUUUUAGACCCCCAUUUUAAGGAGAAUGUAGUGGUGACAGAGAGGGUGCUGGCACCCACGUCAAGCUUGCAGGGUAUGGUGGAAGUCCCUGACUUACCGCAUGGAAGUAAUGUGGUUGUUACGGAGAGGAUCGUGAAGUCGGAGGGUGCCAGGCCAGUAGCCUUGAUGGGUCAGGAUCUCCCUGACUCCCAGUACGUCGUGGUGAGGGAGCGGGAGAGGGUGCUUGUACCUGCUGCAGAGCAGGGUUCACUCAGCUUCCCCACUUUGGCAGAGGGGCGCAACAUGGUGGUGAACGAAAGAGUGAUGGCAACCUCGGGAAUGCAGAGCAGUGCCGAACAGGUGGCAGGUGCCAGCUCAGGAAGGCAAGAGAACGUGUUGAUCACAGACUCCCUGCUUAACCAGCCGGGCUUCAACUUAGAGGGGCUGCCUCCUGCCAGCACCACGCUGAGCAAGUCUUCCACAGUCACCAAAUACAGCACAGUGCACUACACUCGCUCAUAGCCUCGCCCUGUGCCAGGCUGGUGGUGUCCGACACCCUCAUGUCUAUGUGCAUCUCGUGUUGGGCUUUUUAUUGAAACCUGAAUUUGCUGGAGUUUUCAGAAUGAGAUGGACUUGCUUAUAGUAGUUUUUAUAAAUACCGAUUAUGACCAAGAAACUAGUUGACCAAAUCUGCUGCUGUUAUUGGGCAACACUGGCAGCGAUGCUUUUGAAGCAGAAAGAUAUGGGAAAUGUUUUGGGUUUUUUCCUUGUUCCUUGCUAUUUCUGUAAUUGCUUUUUAUUGUUCAGUUAGUGUAAUAAUACCAUAUAACCACAGCUGUGUAAUUAUGGGAAAGCAGAAGAAAACGUCUGAAAUCUAGUGACAGAUAGAAGUGUACAAAGCACAAGUUAGGUACUGUUGUUUAGUGUAUCUGCUGAAGUACCCCCUAAGGGGCAUCAGUUUCUCGUUGCAUGUUUGCCAUCUACUACCUUGUGGGCCAGGGCAGCUCCCCCUGGGCUGCGGCUGCAGAUCUCUGUGCCUUGGUGUAUUGCUAAGAAAUCUCUCCUUCCUGAGAAGAGCAGGCCACUAAAGCCAGUACCUCCUCCUCAGGGCAGUGGUAUGUUUAUUACCUGGAGGGAUGACACAACUUCAGGUUAUCAGUGUUUUUACCUUCAGCAAUCAAUACUUGCAUAUUAGCACAGGGGUUAAAGAGAGCGAGUAGCAAAAAAGCUGAGAACUGCAUUUUUUUUAGUACCUCUGUGUAAAAAUUCCUUUACUUGGUGCAGGUCUAGGCUGGCAUGGACAAAUAAGCAUUUGCGUUGUAUAGAUUUUUUCACUGCCUCCUAAUUGAUUCUUAAAUAGUGCAUGAGAAACAGCCAAAACUUAACUUAGCUUUAGAGCCAGGGAUUUAUUCAGUGGCUUUGUUAGCAAAGUUUAUGGCCCUUAGACAUCUGUAGAAUCUGAAUUUGAAGUGUGAUUAGCUAAGUGAUUUUAUUUCUGUCUGUGAACUCACAGACGCAAGCACAGAAAGGCAGCCAUGGGUGUGUGUGUCUGUCUGCGUGUCUUUGCUGGCACUUGUGCCAGAGUUCAGGUUGCCUGUGUAAAGCCAUAUAAUGGCAGCUUUUCUUAGCUCCGAUAAGACAGGGAAAAGCUCCCUAUAGUUCUGCAACACUUAAAAUUACUUUUCUUUCUAUGAAAUAUACGGGGUAAAAGCAGAAGAGAGUACUGCAUACUGUUUGGCACUAUGUAUAUAUGCACAUGUAAAUAUAUUUUUGUAUGCAGCUUGAAGCAUUUUAAAGUGAUUUUUAUAGCCAUACACUCUGUGUGUUUUGUCAGAGUAGAAUGAAGUAAUUUAGAUUAGCUACUGGUACCGUGUUUGUCUCAUACUGGUAAAAUAAGCAAAGCUGGUCAUAGGGUAAUACAAAGCCCAUGCACCUGGAGAGCUUUCUAAUUGCCUCCAUCUGGAGUUUUCCUGCAGCUGCAGAGUCGUGUUUUCCACUGACAUGUUUUGCCUUUGACUAGAAAUACUUGCAAUGUAUUUGAUUUUACUGAUAAGGAAGUAAAAGUUGAUUUGAAAACAUAAAUAUAAGAAGUAGGAACAAUGACUAUGCUCAACAGGGUGCAUCUUUAUGGGUGGGCUAUUAUAUUAAGUGGAGGAGUACUUUGAAGCAAGUCAAACUACUCACUUGCUCGGACCUGUUAGUUAUUUAUCUCUUAAAUUCCGUUUUUAAACUACAUGUAUUUACUUUUAGGCAAGCAUGCAGUUUUAAAUGGUCACCAUUUUCCCUGCAGUUAGAGGGAGUGAACUUAUUUCUGACUUUUUAAUGGAGUAUUUCUAUGGUUUUAUGCAAUGUUAAAAUAAAGAACUCUAAUAUGUAUUUUUUUUUUUUAUUCUUCAUUCAGUUUUAAGACAGCUACCCCUGUCAAAACACUGACUUUCCUACUGCAAUUAAAGAUAGAGGAUUGGGAUUUUCCAAACAGCCUGAAGGAAUAUCUGAAAGAUACAAAUGUCAUAAAAGCUGGUGUCCUGCUAACACAGAUUCUGUGAAAAAUACAAAUUCUGCCUGUGGAUUAAGUGCACUAAAUUCUGUAAGAACUUGAUGCAAAACAACAGCAUUCCAUCCACAGGUUUAAUGCACUUUGACUCAAGCUCUUCUUAUCAGUUUAUUCUUCCAAACAACACAGUGUAGAAUACUGUCAUGGCUUUAUAAUUUAGUUAAAGCACGUAGUCGUUAAUAUCCAGAAGAGGAUGUAAGACUCAGGGCUGUGUCACAGAAAUCCUGACUUCUCUGUGUGUUGCUUAUGUAUAUAAUUCUAUCACAGAUUUGCUAGUGCUGCAAAAAGUAUAUUUUAAUAGCUUGACUAAGGGUGAAUUUCCAUUGUUUGGCUUAGUCUUGUACCAAGACUUCAGAUGCUAAUGCUAGUAGAACAUCCAUCAGAUUAAAUAAGUCACUUCUAAUGGAUCUGUGUUUUGUAAAUGAUGGUGGCUGGUGGGA